AUGGUUUUUUCAGAUUUAUUAUUAACAUUUCUCAGUUUUUGGACAUUUAUACAUGUUAUAUAUCGUAUAUUAAAAUCAAGUUUCCAAUCACCGCAUAGAACUCAUCAUGAUAUAUCUCGAUUAUCAAAUAAUGCAAAUGGCCACCUACCAAUUGUUAAUACAAAUCCUGCAAAUCAUGCAUCACCACAAGCAGAAAUAACGCUUAGCUAUUUUUACCUUAGUUAUAAAACAAAUAAAUUGAAUCUAUUUUUCGAAACUCUCGCAAAAAGUACGCCAAAAUUCUGGAGGGUAUGGUUUAAUUUUGGAGUUUUAGUAGGAAUAUUAGCAAUGAUAUUUGGAGUUUGUAUUAUGAUUAUAGCAGGAUGGAAAUUAUUAAUUGGAAUUAUUGGAUUUAAUAUCAGGAAUAAUGAGAUUCACGAACAAACGAAAUUUGUGAAAAGAAACUAUGAAGAAUCCCAUCAUGUAAACAAUAAUGAGGAUCAUCAAGUUUUUAUACCUGUUAUUCCUGGAGUGACUUUACCAAUUUCACACCUUAUUUAUUAUCUCAUCGCACUUUUAAUUUGUGGAGUCUUACAUGAGGCUGGUCAUGCAAUUGCGGCUUACUGUGAAUUUGUGCCAAUAAAUGAUUCGGGAAUAUUUUUAUAUAUCUUUUAUCCGGGAGCAUUUGUUAGCCUUUCCGGUCAAUUUUUAGAUAGAUGUUCAUCGACAAAAAAGCUUCGUAUAUUUUGUGCAGGAAUCUGGCACAAUGCUGUGAUAUUUUUAUUGGGUUCACUUAUAUUGAAUUAUGGAAUAAUUAGAUGGUCCAUGAGUCUCACCGGAUAUAGAUCUGUAGAAGGAACCGGAGUUAGCGUUAUUAGCGUUGAAGAGAAUACGGGUUUAGCUGAAAUAUUAUACCCUUCAACGUUAAUAACAAAAAUAGAUGAUUAUGAAUUGAAUGAUGCGUCAUUGGAACGAUGGAGUACCUAUUUAUUACAAAAUAAUAAAGUGAGAAAAAAUAUUCGUGGGUUUUGCGCAUCAGAAAAGGAUAUUAUGCCAUCUUUAGAAUGUUGUAAGAUUAAUGCAGAUCAUCCUUAUGGAAGUUGUGAAAACCGAGAAAUCUUGUGUUUUAAGCGAUAUGAUCGAAAAGAUUCACAUGAUCAGGAAUUGAGUUGUCUUCAUGCAAAACCAAUAUUAGUUAAUACGGAAGAACAGAGGUGUGUAAAGAAAUCUGAUUGUGAUAAUCCUUCACCUAUGUGUGUAUUACCAUAUACAUGUUUAGGGUUCCCUCGACUUGUAAGGAUAUAUUUUGAACGAUCUCCAUGGACAAUAAAUCAAGACGAGAAUAAGGAACAAGUUUUAUUAUGGAUUGGAGAGUUAGAUGAUUUAUGGGAAAUAAUACAAGUCAGCAUUCUUCAACCAAGAUAUUCAUGGAUUCCUCUUGAGAUACCACUCGUUUUGGAAUUAAUUUUAAGGUAUACGACAUCAUUUUCACUUGCAUUAUGUAUAUUAAAUAUAUUACCAGUAUAUCAAUUGGAUGGAUAUUAUGUAUUAACAGCAAUACUAACCUGGUUAUAUGAAGUUGAUGAUAGAGGAGUAACAAAUACUGUUAGUAAAAUAGAUGGGCAAAAGAAAAAAUUUGAAAAUGCGAUUGUAUAUAGUGUUACUGGUUUGGUUUGUUGGGUUGUAAUCGGAACUUUAAUUUUCGGUGUAUUUUUUUGA